UAAUCAUGAAUGCGGAAAACAUUUUUUUACAACAUAUCCUAUUAGAAAGUUGUAGUGCAUGACCAUUAGUAUAGUUGGUUAUUUGUAUAUAUGAUGCUUGUAGUUGUUUGUUUCCUAGUUUUUGUGCAUGAGCAGUUCAGAAAAGAGAACAUGCAUAUUUAUUUUAAAACAGUUUAUUAAGUUUGGAUAUGGCAAUGUUUAUGUAGGCAUAUGGUUGUUUUCCUACCUUUUCUUUGAAAAUUUGAGUGAUUGGAAGUUUAUUGCAGUUAUGUAGGGUGACAUCACUCUCUUAUUUCUGUUUGCAUGUCGGUUGAGUUGGAAAGUCUUAAAGUCAUCAGUUUUGGAGAUAAUUACAGAUUGUCCUCCUGUAUUUAGACCUCUUUAGCAUCCCAGCUCUUAGAACUUAAAAAAUUUAUAUUGGAAUAUCUAUAGUUAUGAAAGUGAAACAUCUAGCUCUAUUUACCAUAAUGUUGUUAGUUUUAUCGAUGAAAGCACGAAAAUGAUGGGAAAAAACAUAAUUGCAAUAUCCAUAUAGUUAUGAAAGUGAAACAUCUAACUCCAUUUACCAUAAUGCCAUUGGUUUUAUCGAUGAAAGCACGAAAAUGAUGGGCAAAAAGAUAAUUUCAAUAUCCAUAUAGUUAUGAAAGUGAAACAUCUAGUUCCAUUUACCAUAAUGUUGUUGGUUAUACCGACAAAAGCAUGAAAACGAUAGGCAAAAAGGUACAUUAAAUAUCCCAGUUAUGUUUUCAAUGAUGGUGGAUGACGACACCGCUAGAGGGCGCGGGUGGUUGUUGUAGAUGAGGAGAGCGACGACGAAAGAUGAGACAAAGAGAGAGAAGAAAGAGGACAAUGCAAAUACCAACGCUCUACAUCUGCAUUGGUGUUGCUCGGCAACCGCGUCGAUGCCGACACAGAUGCUGAGUGGCGAAAGGGCCACUCGAUAUCUGCAUCGGCGCCGACGCAGAUGCAGAGUGACAUCACCCUUCCUCGCGUUGUUGUCGGUGCCAACGCAGAUGCAGAGUGGCGUUGCUUUGUAUCUACAUCUACGUUAGCACCGAUGCAGAUGCCAAGCGAUGCUCUGCAUCUGCAUCUACAUCUGUGUCGGAGCCGAUGCACAUGUUAAGCGGCCCUUUCGGUGCUCUGCAUUUGUGUCGACGUCGACGCAGCUACUGAGCGACGCCGACGUAGAUGCAGAGAGCGUUGACAUCUACGUCAUCCUCUUCCUCAUCUCUCUUUCCCUCACCUUUUGCUGUCGCUCUUCCUCAUCCACAACAGCCACCCACGUGCCCCAGCGGUGUCGUCGUCCGUCACCACAGAAAAUGUAACUGGGAUGUUGAAAUUAUCUUUUUGUUCAUUGUUUUUGCACAUUUGUUGGUAAAACCGAUGGCAUUAGGGUAAAUUGAGCUAGAUGUUUCACUUUCAUAACUAUAGGGAUUCCAAUAUAAAUUUUUUAAAUUUAGGGAUCGAGAUGCUAAAGAGGUCUAAUUACAGGGGGUAAUAUGUAAUUAGCCCUAAGUUUUGAGUGAUUAGAUAGUUUAUUGCAGUUAUGUGGGGUCAGAUUGGGCCCCUCUCCCUAUUUACAUGUUGACUGAGUUGGAAAAUCUUAUAGUCAUCAGUUUUAAUGUUAUUUUUGUUACAUCGUAUGUCGUGACCAUGAAGGGUGAUAUGGCAAAAAAUGGUAAACCCCACUCCCGGCGACGUCCCCCGCACGUGGACAGGCGCGGCGCCCCAGGGAGAGCAACAAGGGCGACGGUCUGCGUACGGACGUCAGCUUCACCGAGCCCACAGUCCCUCAGUUGACCCAGCACAGUAGGACGAGACAGGAGUAGGUAGCGGUUGAAGCUCGCCCAUACCCUGCGAUUCCCCAUUCCGAUACGUAAGGUUCUCGGCGAUGUCGGACGCCAUCAGAGAUACGGCCCCGACCGACGGGAGGGCGCGCCCGAUAGUGCCGAGUUCCCCCUAUAAACGCCCUCGAGCCAGAGGGAAGGAGGUAGGCUGAAAUCCCCGAACAACCGCCACCGCAUCUCUCUAACUUAAUCGUCGGAGGGGUCGGGUCAAGCCGACCCGACCUUUGUGCAAGUGUCAAGCCGAGGACUCCCGUCCGGGACACGCGACCAAGGAGUCCCCACCCGGAGGAAGUCACUGCAUCGCCCCAGGGAGAUCCCCGCCAUUCGGACCCCCGAACGAGCCGAGACGACCUCUCGGGUCACGGCUAAGAAAAAGGUGUUUACACUAACAUAAUGGCGCUAGAAGGAGGGUGAUAGACAACACAGUCCCGGGCUUGAACGACGAGGAGCGUCGGGAUUUGAAGAGGCUUCGGGCAAUCCUUCCCGGUUCUCAAGCCAUCCGAGCUAUGACCGAGGAGUGGCUAGCCGGGGCGGGUCUUAGCCCGGCUUUCGUGGGUAUGUUUAUAGAGGGUGUUCUCCACGUUUUAUUUGUUUUCACAGUUUGUGAUGGUUUUGCUUGUCUCCUUCGUAGGAAUGAAGCUCCUGUCCCUCCGUGGUGGUCGCUCUUCGUCGGCUUCUUCCCCGCGCCAGUCCGCUGCUUCCCCCCCGCGUUCCUCAACCGACCCGCUGCCCGGUUCGGCGGGUGCCCCAUUGGAGAUCCCCGAGGGACGUCCGUCAAAGAAGGCGAGGACGACGGGUCCUGGGAAAACCAAGGCGGGGACCACUCCUUCGACAAUCGUGGGCGCCAAGCGGGCCACUCGGGACGAGGGACCUUCCCGAUUUAAUGGGCCCAGCCAGGGGGCGGCCGGGAAGAGGGCGGACCUGCCCACGGUGGAUGAUCUGUGCGGGUUACGCGCGGGGGCCGACGAGCCCUUAUGGGCAGCGGUGAUGGGCGAGCUUCCGACAGGGGAGGCUUCCGACCCGCUGGUUGCCCGAUGGAAGGGGCUGUCCCGAGGGGACAAGGUAUGGGCCGGGGGAGAUCCCUCGGCCGCCUUUCUUCGAGGCGUGCUCCACCCCGACCUGGCUCGGGACCUGUAUACCCUGCCCUCGGAGACCAUGCUCAACAAGGCGGGGAGGUUUCUGACAUUGGGCCUCCAUUAUUCGACGGCGCUGAUGGACCGAGUGCGCGACGCUGGCCAGAUAAUCUGGGACUUCAGCGAGCGCAACUCCGAGUUGUGUCGUCAGCUAGAGGAGAUCCGGGCUGGGUCAGGCCCCGAGGCGGUAGCGGCUGCGGAAAAACGCGCGACCGAUUCCGAGGAAGAGGCGGCGCGCCUACGAGCAGAGCUCGAGCGGUCGGGCGAUUCGGUCAAGGAGCUCCAGGAGUUCCUUCGUUUGGAUCGGGCCGAGCUCCGCCAGUCGAAGUCAGAGGCGCUUGGUCUCCUCAAGAGGGCGGAGAAGGCCGAGGCUGAAGCCCGCGCUGCUUCCGAGGCGUUGGCUGAGGAGGUUCGCCUCCGCCCGUCAAAGGACAAGGAGGCGAUCGAAGCCUACAAGAAGUCCGAGAACUUUGAGCUCGGACUGACCCGAAUGGGGCGAGUAUCCUACGAGUAUGGAUACAGAAUCGCCCUGGGUCGCUUCGACUCGUGCCCUCCCGGCUCCGAGGUGGAAAGGGACCCGUUCGCCUCUCACCCCGUGGACCUGGAGGUGGAUAUGCCGGAAGACGUGCCGUUCGACGACCGCCCGAAGACUCCGGGGGAGCAGUGAGGGUCGUUUUUGUAUGUCGGGGUCGAGGGUGUGAGGGUUGUGUAUGGGUUUUGGCUUCUGUAUCCCCUCCUUUUUAAUAAGAUGAUCUUUUCCUCCGA